UGGACAUCAGACAUCAGGUGGACCCGUGUUUCAUUUCGAGCUUUUGAUAUUCUACUCAUAUUAUUGGUGUGGUAGUCUGGUAGCUUUUCAUUCCACGCGUGUUCAACAUGGACAUUCUCAAAAUCUUCUCCCAUCUCCUCUUCUUUAUCUUCUUCUUCUUCUGCUCCUACUUACACACUACAACAAGCACAGAUACAUGCAUAAGAGCCGCGUGUCGCAGCACCAAGCCAGAGAUUCGAUUCCCUUUCCGGAUUGAAGGCCGGCAGUCUAAGUCUUGUGGCUAUCCAGGUUUUGAUUUAUCUUGUGAUAGCUCAAACCAGACGAUACUCGAGCUGCCUUACUCGGGAAAAUUCAGUGUCCAAGGGAUAGACUAUGCUGCACAAGAAAUUUGGAUCAAUGAUCCCAACAACUGCCUUCCUCAAAGAAUACUUUGGCUUAACCUUUCUGGUUCUCCAUUUAAUGUUGUUAAUUAUCAAAAUUUUACGUUCUUCAAUUGCUCGUUAGACUAUUUGAAGUAUGGAUUCAAUCCAAUUGCUUGCCUUAGUGGUGGUAACUACACGGUUUUUGCUACUUCGUCAACAAAAGUUGUCAGUUCUUUGUCAUCGUCCUGCCAACGAGUUACAACCGUUGCAGUUCCUGUUGAGUGGGCUUCCCAUGAUCAAAUAUUGAAAUCAGACCUCAGCAACAAUCUCCGGUUAACGUGGGACAAACCCAAGUGCCGGAAAUGUGAGUCACGGGGCGGCGAAUGUAGGCUAAAGGCCAAUUCUACUCGUCAAACUAUUUGUUCAAAUGCUCCCGGACGAGGUAUUACAAGGAGUGUUCGCUAUGCAAUCACAGUUGGUGCCGGAGUGCCAACUCUGUUGUGUAUCUUAGGGCUAUUAUGCUUCGUCUGUGGCAAGGUCCAGUCUUGUACUGUAAGACGCAACUCAAUCCCGGAGCUCAACGCAACGGUCGCUCCACAGCCCACCAUUGAGGAUGGCCUGGAUGGCCCAACUAUAGAAUCGUACCCGAAAAUAGUGAUUGGUGAGAGCAGGCGCCUGCCCAAGCCCGAUGACAACACUUGCCCGAUAUGCUUGUGUGAAUACUGGCCCAAGGAGACCCUCAGGAGCAUACCCCAAUGCCAACAUUGUUUCCAUGCUGAUUGCAUUGACGAAUGGCUUCGGUUGAAUGCUACCUGCCCCAUUUGCAGGAAUUCCCCAGAAAGGCCGUCUUCGCCAGUUCAGGAUUCAUGAUUUAUCCAUCUUGCUAUUGUCAGAAUCCUUCAAUUGUUUCUGCUUCUAAGGGCUAAAAUUGUAGAUAACUUUUUUUUUGGUUCCAAAUUGUAGUUUAGUGUCUUGCAGUUCUGACUC